AUUCUCAGCGAAGAAGAAAGAAGAAGAAAAAACAUGUCUGUAUUCUUAAAAACACUACCUUUGAUGGUCCUUCGACCUAGGCCAUCGUUUUUCUUCCUUUGUAGAACCGUUUCUUCUGUUUCCAACACUAUUCCAACCUUAAUUUCUAGAACCAGAACUAGAACAGUUUCUUCUGUUUCUGCUUCAAUACAACAACCACUUCCUUCUGUUACUACUACUACUGAAACACUCACUUCCGAUGCUAAACCACCCGUCAAUGAAUCUCUUCAAUGGGUUACAAGGACUCAUUUUUGUGGUGAAUUGUCUUCAAAUGAUGUUGGUAAAAAGGUUCGUAUUUGUGGAUGGGUUGCACUUCAUAGAGUCCAUGGUGGACUCACUUUUCUUAAUCUUAGAGACCAUACUGGAAUUGUUCAGGUUACAACCCUUCCAGAUGAUUUUCCAAUUGCACAUUCUGCUAUCAAUGAUGUUAGACUGGAGUAUGUGGUUGCCAUUGAAGGUGUUGUUAGGUCUCGUCCAAAUGAGUCAAUCAACAAGAAGAUGAAAACCGGCUUCAUCGAGGUUGCUGCAAAUGAAGUUCAAGUGUUAAAUUCUGUGAAUGCAAAGUUACCAUUCUUAGUUACCACAGCAGAUGAUGCAAAGGAUUCUCUUAAAGAGGAAAUCCGUUUAAGGUACCGAUGUCUUGAUCUAAGGAGGCAACAAAUGAGUUCUAACAUAUUGUUGCGGCAUAAAGUGGUUAAACUCAUGCGAAGAUAUCUAGAAGACCUGCAUGGUUUUGUGGAGAUUGAAACUCCAAUACUGUCUAGAUCCACACCAGAAGGUGCUCGGGAUUAUUUAGUUCCAUCAAGAAUUCAGCCAGGAACAUUCUAUGCCCUGCCACAAAGCCCUCAGUUAUUCAAACAAAUGCUAAUGGUAGCUGGUUUUGAUAAAUAUUAUCAAGUAGCACGAUGUUUUCGAGAUGAAGAUUUAAGAGCUGAUAGACAACCUGAGUUCACACAACUGGAUAUGGAGAUGGCUUUUACUCCUUUAGAGGAUAUGUUGACUCUUAAUGAAGAGUUGAUCAGAAAGGUUUUUCUUGAAAUUAAGGGAGUGGAACUUCCAAACCCUUUCCCUAGGCUUACAUAUGCUGAAGCAAUGAAUAGAUAUGGUUCAGACCGUCCAGAUACCAGAUUUGACCUCGAAUUAAAAGAUGUAUCUGACAUUUUCUCAGGGUCUUCCUUCAAGGUUUUUUCUGAUACCUUGGAGAGUGGAGGAGUUAUAAAAGUCUUGUGUGUACCUUCUGGUGCAAAAAAGUACUCAAAUUCAGCUCUUAAGAAAGGUGAUAUUUACAAUGAAUCUACCAAAUCUGGUGCAAAAGGUUUACCUUAUCUCAAGAUCACGGAGAAUGGGGAUAUUGAGGGAAUUUCUGCUUUAGUGUCAAGUAUGGAUCCUGCAACUAAAGAGGAUUUGUUAAGGCGAUGCUCUGCAGGACCGAAUGAUCUGAUUUUAUUUGCAGUUGGUCAUCAUGCAUCUGUAAAUAAAACUCUAGAUCGCCUUAGAAUUUAUGUGGCACAUGAGUUAGGUUUGAUCGACCAUGGUAGACAUUCAAUUUUGUGGAUUACCGACUUUCCAAUGUUUGAGUGGAAUGAUUCAGAGCAGAGGCUUGAGGCUCUUCACCAUCCUUUCACUGCACCAAAUCCCGAAGACAUUAAUGACCUUGCAUCCGCUCGUGCAUUGGCUUAUGACAUGGUUUACAAUGGCGUCGAGAUUGGUGGGGGGAGUUUGAGAAUUUAUAAACGCGACAUACAACAAAAGGUUUUGGAGACUGUAGGCAUCUCAAUGGAGCAGGCUGAAGCAAAGUUUGGCUAUCUUCUUGAAGCACUUGACAUGGGAGCUCCGCCACAUGGAGGCAUAGCAUAUGGUUUGGACAGAUUGGUUAUGUUGCUGGCCGGGGCAAGUUCUAUCAGGGAUGUCAUCGCUUUCCCAAAAACAACUACUGCACAAUGUGCCCUCACAAGGUCACCAUCAGAAGUGGAUCCGCAACAGCUCAAAGAUCUUUCAAUUACUACGUAGAUAGGUAUUCAACUCUUCAUAAUUUCUAUUGCUUAUACCCAAUUUUGUACUCUACCAAGGAAUAGUUUAUAUUUUAUGUACACUUAAAUAAAUUAAUGUGUAUUUUUAGGAGGGGAAUGUAAACCUAAAUUUUCAUUUUGUUUUUUGUUUAUCGCAUUUUUAAAGCAAUAUACAAAGAGAAUGAAGAAAACUAUUAUAUUCUGUAACUUACGAGUUAAGUCAACGGACUGGGAUUUCAAUGUAUCAUGAAGGAGAUUCGCUGUUACAACAUGUGUAUCCGGUGAAUAUAAAAUCUGGUAUAGAAUAAAUUAAACUUAAAGCUUAGUAUUGAGUAUGUUGAAUCAAUUGUUUUGAACAUUUUCUCUUUGUUACUUCUUUGUAAGAGAAUAAUUGAUUACCACCACACAACUUUUCCACUAACUAAUUCUAUUCUCAAUUCUAAGUUAGCUACUUAUGCCAACUUGUUCUCUA